AUGGAGAUGGAAAUCAUGAUAAGUAAACCGCGAAAAAGAAAACUUCAGACAUAUUUUAUCUGUUCGUCGGUCGUCAUGGAGAUUUUUCGAGUAAAGCAAGUCGAAGCUUUAUUUCGACAUAUAAAUCAUUUUUUAUUGGUGUUGCAAGACAAAGCACUACAAGUUGAAAAAGCGCUUGCAGACUCGACGAGUCCGCAUGAGAAUCGUAUCUGUGAAAAGUUUCAUCAUAAUUCAAAGUUGUUAUGGCAAACAUUUAUGAAUCAAAACAAUGAUGAAAGUUUUCUUCUUUUGCCUUUAAAAACUAUAACUGAAGCAUCAACAUUUCAUCGAUUUCCCUCUUUCUAUCAAACUGCUUUGACUUUUUAUCAUAAAAGUUUUAUGAGAAGCAAGCAAACAUUAAAAGCGAUACUAAUGAUCAAAAUUCAUCGACCGAAAGAAGGCAAACAGAACUUCGAAAUCAAUUGCCACGUUUCACGUAUUAGAGAAAGGUGUUGA